AUGCUGGGCUCGGUGAAGAUGGAGGCCCAUGACCUGGCGGAGUGGAGCUACUACCCGGAGGCGGGCGAGGUCUACUCUCCGGUGACCCCAGUGCCCACCAUGGCCCCCCUCAACUCCUACAUGACCCUGAACCCUCUGAGUGCCCCCUACCCCCCGGGGGGGCUCCCUGCCUCCCCGCUGCCCUCGGGACCCCUGGCGCCCCCGGCCCCCACGGCGCCCCUGGGGCCUACCUUCCCAGGCCUGGGUGCCAGCAGCGGAGGGGGCAGCAGCUCUGCGUACGGGGGCCCGGGGCCGGGGCUGGUGCACGGGAAGGAGAUGCCGAAAGGGUACCGGCGGCCCCUGGCGCACGCCAAGCCGCCAUACUCCUACAUCUCGCUCAUCACCAUGGCCAUCCAGCAGGCGCCAGGCAAGAUGCUCACGCUGAGCGAGAUCUACCAGUGGAUCAUGGACCUCUUCCCCUACUACCGGGAGAACCAGCAGCGCUGGCAGAACUCCAUCCGCCACUCGCUCUCCUUCAACGACUGCUUUGUCAAGGUCGCUCGCUCCCCAGACAAGCCCGGCAAGGGCUCUUACUGGGCGCUGCACCCCAGCUCAGGUAACAUGUUCGAGAACGGGUGCUACCUGCGCCGCCAGAAGCGCUUCAAGCUGGAGGAGAAGGUGAAGAAAGCGGGCGGCGGGUCCUCCGCCAGGGGCGCUGCCGCCGCGCCCGCCCCCGGCGCCUCUGCGCCCCAGCCUGCGCCCCCCGAACCUGAGGCCCAGGGUGCCGAAGAGGUGGGGGCUCUGGACUGCGCCUCCCCCCCCUCCUCCACCCCUUAUUUCCCCGGCCUGGAGCUCCCCGGGGAGCUGAAGCUGGAUGCGCCCUACAACUUCAACCACCCCUUCUCCAUCAACAACCUGAUGUCCGAACAGACGCCCGCGCCUCCCAAACUGGACAUGGGGUUUGCGGGCUUCGGGGCCGAGGGCGCCGAGCCCGGGGCCUACUACCAGGGCCUCUAUUCCCGCUCGCUGCUGAACGCGUCCUAG